CAGGCACCCAACACAAUUGAGCCUCAGCCUUUGAGCUUUGAGCCUUUACCAUUAUUAAUUGCUCAUGCGCCGACUGCAAAGUUGCAAAGUUAGUUGUUGUGGACUAAGAGGGCGGUGUUGACCCAGCAUCAGUGCGAAAGGCUCCCAUUUAUUAGUGUUUGGACAUGAAGAAGGGAGAUGCUAGUGCAGCCCAAACUACCGAAGUCGGCGAUGUUGAAAACUCUUCGGCACUUGAACCACCCUACCUUGCCUCUGGCGCUGAUAAUACCGCACCGGCAAGUCCCUCGAAUACCGAUGCAGAAACGAAGUUGGCAUUGCCAGCACCCGAAGAUAUCAAAUCUCGGUUGCAGGAGCGACACGGUCGGCGGGAACGCCAGCCUUCAACGACACCCACAAGGAUACAGCACACCACCGACACCAGUGUGCUAGGCGAGAAGCGACGAAUCUCUGAAAGGUCCACGGAAGCAAGAGCAAGAAGAAACGAACAGCAGCAGCAAGACAGCAAUGACUCCAGAGCCGGUGGAGACGACACCAGUGUGCUGGGCGAGAAGCGACGAAUCUCUGAAAUGUCCAAAGAAGCAAGAGCGAGAAGGAGCGAACCGCAACAGGAAGACAACGAUGACUCCAGAGCCGGUGGAGAUGAAGAAAUCUGUAUACCACAACAAGCAGGUGAACCCGAAGAAGAGAGCGACAAAUCUGAUGAAGAAGAGAAAUCCAAUAAUAAUGAGAAUCCACCGGUGCUAAUUGAAGCAGAAGCUGUUAAUGUUGACCUAGAACAACAACGGCUCGAAGAGGCAGAAGAGUUUGGUAGACAGCAAGUUCUGCAAAAUGUCGUUAUGGCGGAAGCCCAUGCUGUGCCCCGACGAGAAGAAUCACGUAGCAGUCAAUUCUGGUUAGCUGCAGUCCUUCUGCUCGUGGGGGGCGCUAUUGUUGUCGUUGUCCUGGUGGUGACCAAUCGCGAUCAGUCUUCGACACCCCCACAGGCAAUCGUAGAAACAGAUGGUACUCAGAACCCAGCAUCUCCAACACCAGACGAUGACCCAGCGACAGCCAAUGAAACAAUAUCAACGGUUCAAGAGACUCUUGCACCCUCCGAUCCACCGAGCCUGGACCCGCCCAAUUCACCAAGUAUAAGUCCAUCCAAUCCACCGAGCAUGGACCCGUCCAAUCCACCAAGUAUAAGUCCAUCCAACAGCCACACACCAACUAUGAGUCCAACAAGGCAGUGCUUCGAAUCCCGCCUUCAGCUCGAUGCAGCCCUGAAGUUAUAUCUUGACGACAGUGGACCCAACACAGCGAUUGCAGAUACGUUUGGUUGGCCAAUGGGGGCUUGGUGUGUCUCCGGAGUGACUGAUUUCACCAAUUUGCUAGCAGACAUGGCCGACCUUGACGAGAACAUCAAUGAUUGGGAUACAUCGCAGGUGACUACAAUGGAAGGGACGUUCAAAGGAGCAGUUUCCUUCAACCAGGAGCUAUCCAUGUGGAACACCGGGAAAGUCACUUCAAUGGCCAAUAUGUUUCAGAACGCGGUGUCAUUCAAUCAAGAUUUGUCCACCUGGGAUGUAUCGCAGGUGAGAAUUUCACAGUACAUGUUCCACAACGCUUCCAUCUUCAAUGGCGAUGUCUCAUCGUGGAACACGUCCAGCCUGGAGAGACCGGAUUGGAUGUUUGCAUCAGCGAGUCGCUUCAAUCGUGAUUUGCCGUGGGAUGUAUCCCGUUUCCAAUCGAUGCAACUCAUGUUUGCCCAUACCGAUGUCUUUAAUGGCAACAUUGAAGCUUGGGAUGUGUCCAAAGUCGCUCACAUGGGAGAGUCCUUUGCUAAAGCCAGUCGAUUCAACAGAAAUAUCUCUUCGUGGGACAUCUCAAGAGUCGGAACCAUCUGGUAUAUGUUUUGGGAUGCUGACAGGUUUAACCAGGAUAUUUCGGGAUGGAACGUUGCAAGAAUUUCAAGAAUGCAGUCCAUGUUUUUGGGCAAUGGCGCCUUCAACCAGGACCUCUCUCGAUGGAAUGUGUCGAAGGUCAGGGAAGCACAUUCCAUGUUUCGAUCAGCAAGUGCUUUCAACCAAGACAUAUCCGGAUGGAAUCUCACGUCGGCGACGGAUUUGUCAAGGAUGUUUACGCGUGCAACUUCGUUUAACCAGAACCUUUGUCCUUGGGGACCGAGACUUCUGGAGACACUAAGCGCACAUGAAAUGUUUUUGGACUCGAACUGCAUUGCUUCCUCUGGAACGCCAUUUCAAAGGAAUGGGACCUGGGAAGCCAUGUGUUCCGUUUGCGAGCCCUGCACGACAGGUAUCCUAUCAUUCGAGGGUUACGCCUGCUGUGCACAGAGUUGCGGUGACUGUGGCGGACCGAAUUGUAGUGCUGGCUCCGGCUCUGGCGGAAACGAUACCGAUACUAGUAGCUGCUGCCAACAUGUCAUUUUGAGCGAAGGCAACUUUUGUGGAAGCUGGGACGAUGAGGCAUGCGUAAUCCCUUGAAGUGGGUCAAUCUGUAAGCUUUUCUGUGUCCUUUUUAAAAGCAAAUAGUAUCAUUAGUUAGACUGCAGAGGU